AUGAAUGAGGCACGACGUAAGCAUGCUACAUCCGUCUUAGACGAUGGAAGACUAAUCGUUACUGGUGGACAGGGCAGAGGUAGUACUCAGUUAAAAAGCGUGGAGUCCUAUACUCUCUCAACAGGAAACUGGAUACCUAUUAACGACAUGAUUUAUACACGAUUUGAUCAUACUUCAUCUAAAUUAAAAAAUGGACAGAUCAUAGUCAUUGGUGGAUACAACGAUCGCGGUCCGAUGAAUACUGUUGAGUUGUACAAUUCUACAACAGGAAAUUGGGAAACUCUUAUACAACACAUGAACUUUGCACGCCAUAUGCACACUACAUUGAUAUUACCAAACGGCAAUGUGUUAGUUAUUGGUGGAGUUAGUACAAGUGGUUCUUUGAAUAACGUUGAAUUAUAUGAUAUAUCUGCAAAAACUUGGGAAAAUAUUGGUAUUAUGAAACAUAAAAGACAUUAUCAUACGGCAUCCUUAUUAGAUAAUGGAAUAGUAUUAGUUACUGGUGGAUAUAAUGGUAGUAGUGUCCUGAAUAGUGCUGAGUUGUAUAAUUCAUUAACACAAGUUUGGGACAGUACUAGUAACAUGAUUUUUUCACGGCGUGAACAUACCGCAUCUGUUUUAGACAAUAGAAAAUUAUUAGUGACUGGUGGAUGGAGUGGUAAUGAUCCAUUGAAUAGUGCCGAAUUAUAUGAUCCUAUAACAAGAAAUUGGACAACUAUAAGACCUAUGAAUGAUGCACGACGUGAGCAUACUGCCUGUAAAUUACCAAAUGGAAAAGUGUUAGUUAUUGGUGGACGGAAUCAUAACAUAGCAUUAGCUAGUGUCGAAUUGUAUGAUCCAUCGACAGGAAAUUGGACAUAUAAUGGUAACUUGACUAAUGCACGAUAUGGACACACCUCAUCUAUAAUACACAAUACGACAGUGUUAGUUACUGGUGGAAUCGAUAGUACUGGCUAUUCUUUGGAUACGUCUGAACUGUACUAUCUUCCGUAA